AUGCCCAACCGCUCCAGCUCCGCCCUCGGCUUCUCCGGCUACGAGUCCCCCACCGAGAGCAACUACAACGGCUGGCCGCCCACUGACGGCGAGGUCAGCUUCCCGGCGUCGCCGGCCAUUACCCGCUCCAACACGCCUCGUCCAGACUAUCAUCCUCAUCACCCUCAAACUCAAAACCGGCACGUCCAGGUGCAAUUGCAUCACCCCCAGCCGCAGCGGCCCAGGUUCUCAAGGCUGUCGACAGCGAAUACGGUUAUCACCACUGCGGGUUUGAUUGAGGGAGGGAAUGGCAACGGGGGGUUUCGGCCGGCUAGUUUGGAUGAGGCGGCCACCGGCGGUGUCGCGAACGUGUUAUACUCAAUACCAUACCGAUCAAAAUGGCUCACGGGCAUCGGCCUGGCCUUCUUCUUCCUUAACAUCAUCCUCUAUCUCAUCAACUGUCUGAUGCUUUCACUGCGCUUCUGGUUUCGCCCCGGUGCCUUCCUGAACUCGCUUACCGAUCAAGUUGAGAGCUUGUUCAUCUCUGCUAUUAUCGUCUCCGCUGGCACAAUCCUUAUCACCAUCUGCCAAUACGGCGUCCCACACGUCGGCCCCUGGCUUCUGCGCGUCAUGGAAAUCCUCUUCUGGGUUUACGUCGGCGUGAGCUUUGUCGUCUCCGCCGCGCUCUACCUGACCCUGUGGUCGACCCAGAUCUUCCCCAUCCACACUAUGACUCCCGUCUGGGUGUUCCCUGCCUAUCCCCUCCUUCUCACAGCCCCCUUCGCAGCCAACCUCAUCUCCGCAGCGGUUAGGGUCGCGGAGAGGGACGGGCGUGUGGGGAGCGCCCUGGGGAUGAUUGAUACUAUUGCCGUGGCGACGGCUGCCGUGGCGGUUCAGGGGACGGGAUUCCUCAUUGCGUUUAUGAUUUGCGCUGCGUUUUUGUAUAGGCUGAUGACGCAGAAGCUGCCGCGGGACCAUCAAAGGCCGGGCGUGUUUAUCUCGAUUGGGCCGAGUGGAUUUACCGCGGCCGGCUUGGUCUCCCUAGGCAACCUGACCCCCGCCAUCUUCCCCUCCCCGACCUCAUCCCCCACCACACCCGAAUCCAUCUUCUCCGCCACCACACCCGUCACCCUCCCCAUGAUCGCCCGUCUCUUCUCCCUCCUGGCCGGUCUCUGGCUGUGGGGCCUAAGCGUGUGGUUCUUCCUCGUGUCCAUCGGCUCCCUCGUGAAGUAUCUGCGGCGCGAGCACCGCGCGAAGUUGCGCUUCCAGAUGACAUGGUUCUCUUUCGUGUUCCCCAAUACCGCGCUCGUGACGGCGACGGAGGCGCUGGGGAUUGCGUUCGAUAGUGCCGGACUCAAAAUUUUCGGGUGUGUCCUCGCGGCGCUGAUCAUCCUGGUGUGGAUGAUUGUUUUUGGGAAGAUGGUGGUUUGUCUUUGGAGGAGGGAAUUGUUAUGGCCCAAAGACGAUGAUUAA